AUGCCGGCACAGGUCGCGGUGCACGUGCGCGGAACGAACGGAGACGCAGCCGCGGACCUCGCCUCCGCGGUGGAGCGCACCGCAGGCGGAGCUGUCGUCGCCGCCGCCGCGACGCCGUCCGACUUCGCCAUGCUGGACUCCUUCCGCGCGGACGACUUCUUCGCGCACCUUCCCGGCGACUGCAACCUCGGGCAGGUCCUGCUGACCUCCCCCAAGAUCGACUCCACCCAGAGCCUGCUCCAGGCCUGCAGCAAGCUCCUCCCGACGGGCACCGCCUUCGUCGCAGACACCCAAGACAGCGGCCGCGGCCGCGGGUCGAACGCCUGGACCACUCCGCGCGGCUGCCUCGCGGUGUCGCUGCUGCUGCGCUUCGGCCAGGACUUCGGCGGGCUGCGGGCCUCGCUCGUGCAGCACGUGGCGUGCCUGGCGGUCGUGCGGGCGCUCCGCGCGGAGGCCGUGGCGCGCGGGUGCCCGGAGGCGGCGAGGAAAUUCGUCAUCAAGUGGCCGAACGACCUGUACGCCGACGGCGUGAAGAUCGGGGGGGUGUUGUGUCAGGCCACGGGGGGCGGUGCGUCGGGGUUCACCAUGGUGACGGGCAUCGGGCUGAACGUCCUCAACAACGAGCCCACGACAUGCGUGCAGGAGGUCAUCCGGCGGUGCAUCGAGGCGUCGGGCGACACCCUAGAGAGCCCCGUGUCGCGCGAGUCGGUCCUCGCGGGCCUUCUCGCGGAGCUGAGUCCCCUCCUGACUCAGCUGGCGGGCCCGGGGGGCUUCGAGUCGCUGCGGGGGGAGUACACCGAGUGCUGGAUGCACACUGGGCAGGAGGUUGCGCUGGACCCGGGCGUCGUGGUCGCGAUGAACGGGGCGGCGGCGCCACAGGAGGCGAUGCGCGCGACGGUCCACGAGGUCAGCAGCAUGGGGUACCUGAUCGCGGUGGACGGGCACGGGCGGCGGUACGAGCUGGUGCCGGACAUGAAUAGUUUGGAUCCGCUCUCGGGGGUUGUGCGCGCGAAGCAGACCGUGUGA